AUGUUGCUUUUGUUUGGUCUUUUCGAACAAUCGCUCGUGCAAGAUAUAAAGUCCGUUACAAUGACAACCAUGAAUGGAUUGGAAUUUCAGUGUGCUAACUCAAACUGUUUACCAUUCGUUACUACUACUGCACCAAACAUCCUCCAAUGUCAAAUCCACUGUUUACGCCAACCCCAAUGUAAAGCAACCACUUUUCAAGCGACAACUUGCAAAUGUCAAUUGUUUAACAACACCGCAGAUCAAAAUAGCAACUUGCAAGCAAACAUACAGGUCACAACAAUGAUAGUCAUCUCCGGAACACGAAUUCCAUUAGAACGAGCUGGACCCGGUCACCAUCAGGAACCAGCUGAAUCCGGUGACCGUCAAAAACCACUUGAAUCCGGUGACAAUCGACAAUCACCUGGAUCCGGUGACCAUCGGAAACCAGCUGAAUCCGGCGAUAAUCGGGAAUCAGCUGGAUCCGGUAACCAUCGGAAACCAGCUGAAUCCGGUGAUAAUCGGAAAUUACCUGGAUUCGGUUGUGACAACACUACUGAAACAGACAGCACGGUUAUAUGA